AUCAUCAUGGUUGCAUGACUCCACUUGUCAUUCCUUCAACAUUCUUGCAUGACCAUGAAUGUUUCUCUGCCCAGCGGACAUCCUGAUUGUCACGUUGGCCAUGCAGAUUCCGGUGAAGGGGUCACCGGAAAUCCCUCUCAACAGAGCUGCGGUGGUCACAUCCUCAGCCACUAUAUCUCUAUAAUGAAUACCUUUGAUCAGAGGCAAGGCCUUAGGAUCAAAGUUGUUAUCAGCAUUGGAACCAUAAUCACCAGUCGUAAAGAAUGCCCAUGGUGCACGGUCAUUUUCUUGACACAUCUCGCUUCCCAAGGCAAUGGCGGCGGAAUAAGGAGAAAUACACGUAAGUCGUCUGAUGAUCAAUUGUUUGGUAGGCCAUCCAAACUUGAUGCCGUACUCGUCCGAUCCACUCUUAAAAGCCACACAGUCAUCUCCAGAAAUUAUGUAGCAAUCUUCAAUUCCGGUGUUGGUGCAAGAGUCUGGCGAUAAAAUCGAGAGGAAGAUAUUGAAUAUUAAUUAAUUUGUGUGGUUUUUGCAUCAAUGGAAAACAAUUAUGUUGGGACACACUUCGUCCAGUCUAAGUUUUCUUGGGCUUGGUCAAGAUAAAUUGCUUGCUCUAGAAAAAUUCUUAUCUGGUGUUCUGUUUGUUUUUGGUGUAAUGGCUUUAGCCGAGGCUUGUGGUGUUGCUGUGCAAUCUAUUGUAACUGUUGGUGGUAUAGGAG